AGCUUGGUUUGGACCAUUCUUUGUGUUGACUGUGUACUGGCUCUUUGGCGUUUAUAUAUAUAGUAUAUUAUAUAACUCAAGGUCACAAAUAUAUGUGUUAUAUAUAAACUUCACUGCCUUAUGACAUGUAUACUGUAUAUGUAGGUAUCAAGUACUUACAACUCAAGCAGCUGAUUGGCAGGAGGAUGACUGUAGCUAGCACUAAUCACUGUAUAUCUGAGAGUAGAUAUAUAGCUGUAAGUGGUUAGACCUACUGGUACCAUGGAUAUAUAACAGUCUAUCUCAGUCCUAAGGGACCUCUCUGUCAACACUCAGGUCUCCUUUACAUUGGAUGUUGUGAAAAAGCUUGACCCCUCACUGGACAGCCAUGUGGUCAGAGAAAGCCUGCUGGGAGUUCAUUACUGGAUUGCGUGUCUCCUGUUCAACAAGGAUGCAGUAAUCUUCAUGGCUGUUCUUGACCAUUCACAACUGACCACUUACUAUACUGACCAGUGUCAUGAUCUGUUUAACAAGGGUGUGGUAAUCUGCAUGGUCAUGCAAUCUUGAACAGUGCAUGUUUUCUGUUCAGCUGUGUGUGGCCGACCUUGGCCACCCUUACUGACCAUCACAGAAUGAGCUCUCCAUGGGCUGUGCUAAGUUUUACAGAGAGUGACUUCACUCUGAGUUACCGGACAAAAGAUGACGAGGGACAGGAGAUCUACCUCAGUAUGCUGUCUGACUGGGACAUGGACGCGGCCUUCCAGAGCGCCUCCGACCCGUGUCUCCAGCUCAAGGUUGACCUCAAACCAUUUGAGGAAGGUUUGGAUGACUGGGAUAUCAUUGCCCCUGUGGAUGUGCCACAAUACAAAGUGUCUAACUUGGUGGAGAGAAACUCCAUCUUAGGGUCACUAACUGGGACUAUUUCCAACCAAGUGGGGAGGACAGUGUCACACAUGCAGCGUGUCAUGGGUCUGAGAAAUGAGGAUGAACAACGCUAUAGGCCGUCAAAAUCUCCAAUGACAGACAUGGAGUUUAGGAACUACUUGGACUCCAGUGGUCAUAUGAUAAAACCAGAGGAAUUCCGAAUCAGUAUCUACCAGGGAGGGGUGGAGCCAUCCCUGCGUAGAGUUGUGUGGCGUCACCUGUUGAACAUAUUCCCAAUUGGACUCUCUGGAAAAGAACGGUUUGAUUAUAUGAAACAUAAAGAGAAUGAGUACUACAAACUCCGGGACAAAUGGCGUAACCUCAUCAGUUCUGGGUCGAUUUCGGAGGACCUCCGUUAUAUAACAUCGAUGGUUAAGAAGGACGUCCUGAGGACAGAUAGGACACUUAAGUACUUUGCGGGAGGUGACGACAGUAAGAACCUAUUGUCCUUGUUCAACAUCUUAGUCACCUAUGCCAUCACACACCCGGAGGUGUCGUACUGUCAGGGUAUGAGCGACGUCGCGUCACCGCUACUCGUCAUCCAGAAGGAUGAGGCUCAGGCCUAUCUCUGCUUCUGUGGGAUCAUGGCCAGGAUGAAAUCAAACUUCAUGUUGAAUGAAAAUCCAAUGAGCCUUAAGUUCAAACAUUUAAGUGACAUUCUCCAACUGCAUGAUCCUGUUCUGUAUGCGUACUUGAAGGAGCACGAUGCAGGAGACUUAUUCUUCUGCUACCGAUGGUUACUGCUGGAACUGAAGCGUGAAUUCCCAUUUGAGGAUGCUCUGUAUAUGCUGGAGGUGAUGUGGAGCACGCUGCCACCUAUGUACCCAGAGAGUGAGCUCCCCUUGACAGAUCAGGACUAUUUUUUGUCUCUUUUAUCAACGUCACCCUGCUCGCCAUCUUUCUCGAAGAAACCAAGUAUUUAUGAGAAGUUUAGGAAUAUGAGACGAGUGAAAUCAUCCAAGGUUCAAACAGGGGAGGAAACUGAGGAUAAUUCUGUGAAUAAUAACACUGUUUUAGUUUCGAAGAAUGUGACAAACACUGGUAAGGCUUCUCCAUUUGAGGAAGAGAAGUCCAUUGUUGGGGCACAAGAUUUUCCUUCUAUGAAGGACUCGAUGGUUGUUGACGCCCAGGCGAAAUCUUCCUGUAUCGACAAGUCUCUGGAAACAGAGAUGGAGUCAAAAGUUAAAAAAUUACAUGAUCAUGUUAAAAACAUUCAAACUGAAGCACAAAUUUCAGAAGACACAGAAGCUGAAGUUCUGAAAGAACAGACAACAGAUGUUGCCUCUUGUGAUUCAGUUUUCAGUGUGUCGGAUUUAAGCAGUAGUGUUCAUGACGAGCGUCCAGCAGGCUCCUUUUACAAUGGGGACCUGACAAGUGAGACCCCCACAGACGGUACAGACAGUGAGGAGGUGGAAACCCUUUUCUCUAAGGACCAGGCUGUACCAGACGGUAGUAUAAACAAUGACCCCAACUUUUGCCGUGGCUCCUUGACAACAGAGUUUAAGUCAGAUGCCACGGACGAUGAAUUGUGCAAUGAUUACAUAGAUGAAGAUCAAGAUGACAGCGGACAUUCCCAGUUCUACCUCUCUCUGGAUUCUACAGAUGAGGGACAAACAGAGGGACAGACAUCUGUCGCCCCCGACAAUAAAACUGUCAAAAAAACAGGGGAACGACCCGGGUUUUUCCACAAUGUCAAAGAGUUGAUUUCAAUCCCAAAAAAGAGGCCUACUGAAAUUUCAGUUCCGAAGGUUGUGGCGGGUUUUAAGGCACCAGAUAUUGUACAGGACCCUCUGACAGUGCAAAACAGUAAUGCUGACCUCAAAGUAAAGGACAUGGGUAACUCUUCCCAAAAAUCUUUCCUUAGUAAUGGGUUAGUACAUGGUAAGAAGAUGUACCCAGGAAAGGCUGUUCUCUCUCCUGUGAGUGGGGCUCCAGUGACUAUCGGGGGCAAAGGUGUGUGCUCAAGUUCUCUCCCUUUGAAUGACUCUGGAAUGAGUUUGUCUGAUUGUGCCGAAGUAUCGGACGACAAUUCACUGGAGGUUAUAAAGCACAGUAUUGCAUCAAUCCGACUUCCCCCUCCAGAUGUGUUUGGAAAUGGCAACCCAUUCCUGAUGUUCGUGUGUGUUACACUGCUGAUGCAGCACAGGGAGGCAAUCUUACAGAAACAGCUAGAGUAUGACGAGAUCGCCAUGAUGUUUGACAGGAUGGUUAGGAAACAUAAUGUUCACAAGGUCCUGCACCAGGCCCGUAUCCUCUAUACAGACUACCUGCAGACGCAGAAAAAAAUCGAGGAGCAAGCUGAGGCGGACGACCAUGUGUUCAGUGUAUAAUGUUGUCAGUGUAUUUCAAUAAUUGUCGGUCAUAUUUGUGGACCAGAGUGCAAUCAUUUAAAGCUUUGAUGUAGCUUACAUCUGUAUGUUAGAUUCUUGACUUUGUUUGAUGAUAAGUUCAAAGAUUAUAGUGCAUAAACUGAAGCUGUUUUAGAUCCGUAAUUACAAUAGUUCAUUGACUGAUAUGUUUAUAGUGGGAAUUUUUUGUGGUCAAAAUCCAAUUUAUCCUAAAAUUAAAGUUGAAAAUUUAAAUUUCUAUCUACACUCUUACAUUUUUAUUACAAAGAGGAAACCCUAUCAACUCAAAAUAUUACUAUUAAAGCAGAAUCAAGGAACUAUUGCAUUAGACUAUUUCGUAACUGGAACUUAUUGGAUCUUUCUGUCUGAGUAAUUGGGGACCAGUGAUAUCUCCUGUCAGUGUUAAAUCUAAGUGAGGUCCAACAAACAACAAAUUGAGUUAGACGAUGAUAACAAAAUUAAACACAUUUUGGACAUUUAAAUUUGGCAGAUAAAAUUUGUUAGAUGGUGACAAAAAAUUUGAACAUUUGGCAGAUAAAAUUUUGUUAGAUGGUGACAAAAAUUUUGAACAUUUGGCAGAUAAAACUUGUGCUAAAUUGUCAGAGAUAAUUAGAAUAUGGUAUGUAAAGUGUUUUUGUUGUAUCCAACAUGAUAUGGCAAAUAUUUUCACCUUUUUUUUCUAGUCAUGAUAUUUGUAAUCCAUCACUAUUUUGUGGAAUUGAUGUUGAACUGUCAUGGUGACAGAAGUGGACACCAGUUAAUUACCGAGUUAAAGGAAUUAGACUUUGUACAACUAAACCUAUAAUUAAAACACCAAUUUUAAAUUUCUAAAUUGAGAUUAUAAUUAAAGUUCAUAUUGAAGGCUUCUAAAUCAUUGGCUGGUUUAGAAGCUUUAUGAUAAAUUACUCAUUUCAAAAGCCUUAUUUUUCUAGAAAUUAAAAAAAAACUGAAUAUACACGGUAGUAUGUUCAAAUUCAAGAGUGAUCUUGGUCAUAAUUUGAUAGUUCUCUUAUGGCGUCCUUAGUCAUGACAAGGUGCAAAAUUCUGGUAAAUACAUUAUAAAUUAUUUUUCAGUUGUAAAAAAGUGAACAUCGAAACUGUAAGCUGAUAAGGCACUGAACAUCUGGUCUGUCUUUGUUAACCCUUUCACCCCUAUGUUACUUUAAUAAACUCUACUAUACAUCGAUUUGGAUGGUUCCAUUAUGGUCUUCAGUGGUGAAAGGGUUAAAAAUCAGUUUUAUGACAAACUCUUUUGUUGUGCAAUUUCUUACAAAAAUCCAUUUUGAACUCCAGUUUUACAGACUCCCUUAUUAUGUUGGAAGUGGGUUUUUGUCACAUGAGAUUUGGUCAGUCUAUCAAAAUAAUCAUUAGUACAUACGUAAGUGUUCAUUGAGACAAAGCGUUUACUAUUGUUAUAAAGUGGUUACAUAGCUGAGAGUAGUCUCCCUUUGAUUCCUAGAGCUAUCAACACUGUCAAUAUGCAUUCUGAAACUAUAAAUGCUGUGAGUGUACAUUCCGUAUUUAAUUCCUGUUCUGAUUCCAGCUAAGAUGGUAUGGUGGAUGUUAUCAUCAGACACCUGUUCUGAUUCCAGCUUGCUAAGAUGGUAUGGUGGAUGUUAUCAUCAGACCCCUGUUCUGAUUCCAGCUUGCUAAGAUGGUAUGGUGGAUGUUAUCAUCAGACGCCUGUUCUGAUUCCAGCUUGCUAAGAUGGUAUGGUGGAUGUUAUCAUCAGACCCCUGUUCUGAUUCCAGCUUGCUAAGAUGAUAUGGUGGAUGUUAUCAUCAGACACCUGUUCUGUUUAUAUUGUCUCCAAUGUGACAUACCAACAUUUGACUGUACAAAAGAUAGAUAUGUAGCUUAAUAUGUGGCACAAGUUUAAUCUGCAUCUUUGAAAAACUGGCUAUGAAGAGUUCAGCUUAAAUGUUUGUAUAUAUAGAGAGAGGGCAUAGAUAUAUGUUUGUGCAGUUCUAUAUGUUUGUGCAGUUCUAUACCUGUACAGAAACAAAGCACUGGGGUUGUACUCUGAUAGGUGGAGAAGGUUUUUCAUCCCUAAAAUGUCAGAGAGCUGAUAAUUUAUGAUGACAAGCUUUGGUACUUGAUUUUGGUCAAAAAUGUUUUGUUUACAGCAAAAGAUUUCAGUUUCGAAAACAAAUCGAUUGUUUAGAAGGUGUCUUGUGAAACACUUACCUGGUAAUCUCUGACAUAUUUUGUAAUCAUACUUUAUCAUGGUAAUUUUUAAACAAGGCAACAGCGAAAGGUCGGUAUUUGAUAGAAGACACAGGGUUCAAAUAUAUUGGAUUCAUCAGAUGUAGAGUACCCCGGUAAUGAUAAUCGGUUUGUUUAUUACUGGAUGAAUGACUUUCAAGUUUUGCUCAAAUGAAUGACCUGCACCAGUUUUUCAGGUCACACAGGUCAAUUAUGUUCCAACAACUUUUUCUAAAGGUCUAUAAGGCAUAGAGAAGGCUGUAGCUUGCUAGGAUGACACUUUUUCUAAGGGUCUAUAAGGCCUAGAGAAGGCUGUAGCUUGCUAGGAUGACACUGCAGCCUUGAUUCUGAUUAAAUGAACUAAAUUACAUAAAAGGGAAUUUGAAUGAGUGUGUAUUGUCUCCCUGUUGAUGCUACUGUCAACCGAGGUCAAACUUUGUUUAUGAUAAAAGGUGACGUGUGUAUGGUCACCCUAAGGAUGUCAUUGUCAACUGAUGUUAUCGCCAUCCCAUGUUUACCAUUGAUAACAGGUAGUAAUCUUACAUAGAAACUGUAAUUAUGUAAUUUUACUAUGUAGGUAGUAAGUGUAAACAUGUUGUAACUCUUAUAUAGGUAGUAUGUUCUUUAGACCGCUCUGUAUAAUGGUGAUUUGGACUAGAAUAAAAAAUCACAACAUUUCUGUCAUGUGUAUAAUUGACCAUGGGUAAAUACUUUAAAUGCUGUCAUUUUUCUAAGUUGCAUUUAAAAAAUAAAUAUCAAGUACACAUUGUCAUAUUAGUAUGAGGGGAUGUUGACAUGAAGGUAUACAAUCUUAGAUGUGGAGAUGUAAACUAUCAAACAAGUGACACUGAGCAGGAGUGUGUACGGUUUGUAGGGCAUUAUCUGUCUUGAAGUCUUACUGAUAUAAAAAAAUAUAGGGUAUUGGGUAACUGUCUUAUAUAAAUGACUCGAUGAACUUAGGCUUGAUUACUAUGAAUAACUGGAACAUUGUACAGGGCAUGGAAUUUUCUCUAUGGAAAAACAAGACAGUGUGCACGUUAUAUGUGUAUUAUUUUGCAAAUAAUGAUGUAAUACUUUCAAGACUAAUUAAUGGAGAUUGUACAGUAUUAAAAUGUACUACGGCUUGCUCUAGAAACAUGGUCUACCCUGCAGUAGUUCUAAACAUGACAUUUUUCAGUGCCCCUAUGUCUAGUGUAACUCUAAAAACAAGACCUUUUUCAGUGCCACUUCGUCUAGUGUAACUCUAAAAACAUGACUUACCAUUAUAUAUAGUGUAGUUCUAGAAACAAAAUGACAUAGAAGUCAAGUAUAAUUCUGAAAACAUGACCUAUUAUAUAUAGUAUAGUUCUAGAAACAAAAUGACAUAGAAGUCAAGUAUAAUUCUGAAAACAUGACCUGUUAGUAUCUAUAUCCAUGAAAACAUGACCUACCCCCAUGCCGAGAUUAGCAAUGUCUUCUGAAAGCAGGUAAAAAAUCCAUAUCACUAAGUGUUUGGUGUUAUGUGGAGAAAUCUUUUAAAACAAUAAGUGUCAAAUAAAUAUUUUAAAUGAUUGUCAUACUUGUAAGCCUUCUCCUGUUGUAGAGAUGGGUUUUUUGCUGUGUGUACGGAAAAGUCUAAAUUUUAGUCGUGAUGUUGUCAUUGCUGUGGAGAGAAACCAACCGUGAUCGACCAUCACUGUAAUGUUCCUUGGCUUGGGUGAAGGCGCUUUGUUACCAAGUAAAUGUAAUGUAUGGCUAAGUGUACAAGACAUCAUCGCUACAAGAUAAUAAAAAGCUUAGCAUAUAAGUGACUUGUGAUAAGUUUAAUACUACAUUACUUUUGAGAAUGUGUAAAAUUCUAGAUGACAUUUUUGAUGUAAAAGAUGUUUUUCUUCCAAUGCCAGGUAAAAGUAGUGUGACCUAAGGGAGGUAAUUUAAACAUUUAUUUUAGAUUGGAAUUACAAGCAAAAGCACCUGUUUUUAAUGUCUUUAUAAAGAAGGGACUAUUUAAUUAUAUGAUUUAUAAAUAAUACUGAAUUAAUAUAUUCAUCAGAUGUCUAGGUAAUUUUAAAAAAAAAUCAAUAAGAACAUAUAUUUAUUUUUGUUCAGAUGUUUGCCCAGCAUUUUCUGUAUUUUCUCUACAUGGUUUAGACAUCUAGGUUCACUUGAGUGCCAAACAUAAACUUAUAAUACCGUUAUCUCGGAGAACUUUACAAUGGAGAAGUGAGUGUUGUUAGUAUUUUUUGCAAGAACUUUCACAUCAUAUGCAAUAUGUAUUUGUGUAUCAUGAAAUCCACUGUGAGGAAGGAUUCAGAGUAAAUAUUCCAAUUAUUUUAUUUUUUUGGCAUGUAUUGUCAAUAAAGUUUUCUGUUGUUGCGAA